GCCUGUCGCGUCGAUCACCUCCUGGUCAAGGUGGCUGCGCGCCGCUGCAAAGCUCACCCAUACUUCCCGUUUGCAAUCCUCCCGAAUGGCUAUCGUCGCUACUAACGAUGCCGCACGCGCAGCUCUUGAUUCUGACGACAUUUCCAUUAUGCCGAACAUCGACUUCGAGAACCCCUUGCACCUCAACGCGUUCGACGCGCUCGGCCGUGCCAAGCGCACCAAGAAGAGCUGAUGCCAAAGCCAUCACCGAUGUGCCCCUCGAUCCGAAGCUAUACCCGAAGAUCCAGGGUCCCGACAAUCGGUUUUACCACCUCCGCGCGCAUUUCAAAAUAAAGGAUGGACCUUCCUGGGUCAACGCCCACGGUAUGUUGGACAGCAACAGUUACAGGCUCGAAUAGGCAUAGACCAACCAGGUGACACUGCAUCAAUUGAGGCACAAGAUGAAGCUUGAAUUGACUGUCUGAACCAUGCGUGAUGUGUGUGUGUUGCUUAAAGAACCGAGGGCUUCGGGACCCUCGCCAGACCCUGCUUUUGGGUGGGUGACGAG